AAUACGAUCAGCUGAUUGCAUGUGACAUAGUUAUAAUUCUGAGUACUGCUCAGAUAUUAUAAUAGAUUUAUUUGAUUAUUGCUUGUAUAGUUUAUUAGGAACAUAAAAGUGUAGAUGAUUUUUAAUAUAUGUGAAUUAAAAUGUGUAAAUAAUCACUUAUUAUUAUAGACUUAUUAAAUAAUAAGUUUUAUUCACAUAUAAUUUCAUCAAAAAUUGUAAUUAUUAGCAAAAUGACAGAUGAACGAAAUUUUCGAUCUUCGUAUUAUGAAAAAGUAGGAUUUCGUAGUGUCGAAGAAAAAAAAUCAUUGGAGAUAUUGUUGAAAGAACAUCCAUUUGAUAAAAUGAAAUUAAAACAGUUUUGUUUAAGAUUUACUGUCCCUGCUAUGUACAGAAAUUUAAUAUGGAAAAUAUUAUUAGACGUUAUACCUGUUUAUAUAGAAAGUCAUGAAUUUAUAAUGGAACAACGUAAAGCAGAAUAUGAAGAUUUACAAAAAGCUCUUAAAGUAACAAGAAUUUUGGAAGACAAUACAAAACCACAUUUAAUACUACUGACAAUGUGGCUUCUACGAACUAGACAAACAAAGAUAGACAUGAGUACACAAUUGGAAACAUCUUUAUAUAGGGCGAUGAGUAGAAUAGCUGAGGCGCUUUGGCAUAUCAUAGAUAUUGAUUCUGGACAAGACAGAUUGGUAGAUGUAUAUUGGAUACUAUGUGGAUUUUUAAAUCAGGUACAAAAAUUUCAUGCAGAAGUUGGUAGAUUACAAGAAUGUACAUGUACAUUGUUAGAAAGAGAAGAUCCAGAAUUAUCUAAACAUUUGGCAAAAAUUGAAGCUCUUCAUAAUCUUCCAUUUGAUAUGUGGUUUUGCUCAUGUUUUGCAGGCACAAUAUGUAAUGGAUCUAUACCCAAGAUAUGGGACAAAAUAACUGUAGGAGCAUAUAAAAUUUUGGUCUUUGUGGCUGUGAUUAUGUUAAACACUCUUAGGCGUGUUCUAUUACGCUCUGAUAGUAUAGAUAGUGUAUUAAGCACAAUCAAUAAUAUAACUGAAAAAAUGUCUGAACUAAUAGUUAAUAAAGCAAUAGAAUCUUGGCAGCAAAGUGGUUCUACGCUAACAUCUAUUUCACAAAAUACAAUAAAUAUAACUCAAAGUGCAUAACAAUGUGGGGAACUGCAUUCUACAACAGUCUGUAAAAUAUAAGUAAUUAAAGCGUAAAUAAUAAUAAAAAAACAAAUCAUGAAAGAAGAGCUAUUAUCUUAGGCAUACCUUCUUUUAUCUUAAAAAUAUUCUUUUUUAUUAGCGCACCCACACAUCAUACAUUUUACAUAUACAACUGCUUAACUCAGGGAAGAGUCAAGUCAUGACAUUAGUACCUACUUAUAUUUAACAUUAUAUUUUAUAUUCAUUUCAUGAUGUUUUUUGUAUGAUACAAUUGCAUAUAUGUACUCCACUGAAUAAGAGCAUGUUACUAAAGGAUUUCUAGAAAUUAAUACACACAACAACAGUGUACAUUUGUGUCUGUACUAUUUAUACUUGCAUUCUCCAAGAAAUCUGCUGCUUAUUUUUUAGUUUAUAUAUAGAAUAAUUUUAUAUUUUACGAAAGCUUUCUUUUUAUAUACAUAUACAAAAUUAAUUUUUACUUAAAAAUGGGGGAAAAAAAGAGAUAUAAGAGAUAUAAGUGAAAUAAUACAAGAAUAUACUCUAUAUAUUUUUUUCAUUACUUUGGGUCGACAGUAAUUUCAAUACUUUUUAAUUAAAUUCUAAAACAAUCAUAUUAAAUCGGAAAACAGAAAAAUUCUUGGAGAAAGUUGAGAUCAUAUAAAAGUGUAUUCCUUCCUUACUGGGAUAUCCAACAUUUUCUGCAGAAAUAUAUUGUUUUCUUAUCUAUAUCCACCAUAGUUUCCAAGACAAUUUUCUGUUAUUUCUUAUUCUUUGGCAUUAAAAGACCGAAUGUCUUUCUUUUUAUUCUUAUUGUUAAUUUAUUUCUUUUAGUAAUGGCAUUAACAGUCUGAUGCAAGCCAGGCAAGAAUGAUUUAUGUAACCAAUUGAAAGUGUUAUAUUCCAUGUACUUAAAAUAAAGUAUUGUUUAAAACAUUA